AUGAAAGCUGCAGCGUACAACACUCACGGAAAAGUAUACAUUGCUGGACAAUCACGUGAUGUUCUCGGAUACCCUGCUGGAGGAAUGACUGAAGAUUAUGCUUAUGGAGAUCUUGGAGUGAAACUUUCAAUGUUGAUUGAACUUCGAGAUACUGGAGACUUUGGAUUUCUCCUUCCGGCGAGUGAAAUUAUUCCAACUGCUGAAGAACUAGUUGCUAUGUUUAUUGAAGUUUCAAAAGCUUUAUCAAAAUAA